UCUUUCCUCAGCAUAUUCUAAUUUUAUGCUUAUUAGUAUGCUGAGCCGUACUAAAAAGUAUAAACCCUAUAACCUCUAAGAGUAUCUCCUGAUAUUCGAUACAACAUUGUAUUCUAACAGUGUCCUUGUUUCUCCUUCUGCUCCAGGCAUGUUACCUUCACCCCAGGUGUGUUUGUCCACCCUGGUGACGGUGAGCACGAUGGCUGUGCUUGACCUCUAUCUCCUGGAACAGAGCAUGCUGGGACGUGGGAGUAGGGCUUGGCCGGCUGCAUGGGCAUGCACAGCUGUGGCGCUUGGUGACCUGGGCUUCCUGCUGGCGCUUCGCUUUGUGUCAGCUGGCGUGGCGUCAGAGGCACGCUCACCGCGGCGUGCCUUUGCUAGCGCGCUCUGGUUCCUAUUCCUGUCCUUGCUGGAGCUCAAGCUUUUCUUUGUGUGCCAGAACUACAGGCAUGAACGGCGGCCAGCCGACCCAUUGGCACGCAAGACCCUCACUCUCCUGCUCUCUGUAGGGCUGCCCUCACUUUUUCUAGUACUGACGGGAGCUGAGCACGUAACACCGGCACACAGGAAGCAGGAAGUUCGUGCCGGGCUCCUUUGGGUGGCCCUAGAUCUGCUAGAUGUGCUGGAUCUACAGGCUGGCCUGUGGGAGGAGGCUCAGAGUGGUGUAGUGGUCCCAUUAUGGGUUGACGGUGUUGUCUUCUUCUACUGCUAUGUGCUAUUGCUUCUCUUGCCCUGUGUCUCACUCACCGAGCUGGCACUUCCAGGCCUGAGGCGAGCACGCAGGGAGGCUGUGUACCCAUGGCUCAGUCUGUUUGCCAUCAAUGUGAUGAUGCUGGGACUCAGGGCUGUGGGUGUACUCUGGUACAGGGACCCAAGGAUUUCCACAGUGUUUGUGGGGAAGAAUGUCCUGGCACUGGUUGUCAAGCUUAGAUCAGCUUGGGAUAUGCACAGGAACGGUAACAGUGGGGGACAGGGGGAAGGGGCCGAGGGUGGAGGGAGAAACCAGAGCUUGGGGAUGGAUGCAGAGCAAGUGGAGCAUGGGCAGGGUGGCACAACUUCAUCCACAAGGGACCACACACUCUCACGCACUCAUGGCCAAAGCCAUACAAGGCUGGAUCAUGCUGACAGCUCCCUGGGAUCUGCCUACAUUUCGCAGGAGCUCUAGAUGGACAGAUCAGCCACUGUGGAUACGCAACAAUGACGGAAUUAAUCCUUGGUCACCAGUCAUCCCUUCAGUCUUGUUUUGGCCAAAAACAAGUAAUAACUCAUCUUGUGAGCACACGUUCUACAAUUGAGGGUCUGAUCCUAAUUCACCAUCAUAUGAAGAGAGUCAUUUCUGCUAUACAGUGCCUUUUCUAUCCCUAAAAAAUAUUUCAUUUAACUGCAAAGAAU